AUGAGUUCUCCACAGUUCUACCCGAAUGCACUCACAACGGUCGACAUCGAGCCCGAGUCCCUCCAGAAGACCCUCGGGGAGCUACUCGUGGCGGUGCGCCGAGGAGUAGAUAUAGUCCAACAUGGCAGUCCUCCCUCAGCCAGCUGGGGCACUGCCGGUCUAUACACAGGAGUUGCAGGAGUUGCUCUCGCCUUUCUCAGACUCAACCAUCAAGCUGCAUCGUUGAAUGAGCAAGGAAAGGAUCCGAUUGACUUUGCCAGACUCGCUAAAGAGAGGAUCCCAUCAACCGGUCCGAAUAUCAAACUGGUACCGGCAAGAUUAUCGCCCGCGGGUUCGUCGUCUCCAACCACCGCGGCUGUGCUGCGUAUCGUAUCCGGGGAUGCUGUGAAUGAUAGCGAUAUUGCAAUUCUUCAGGAUGCUGUUGACCUUGCUCUCCAAACUGGACAUAUUGUCCCCCAUAGCGGGCGGAUGAUGGGGGUUGAUGAGACCUUGUUCGGCAGAGCUGGACUACUAUGGGCGAUCUUGAAUCUUCGAGAGCAUGAAUACGAUGAUCAUGCUAGAGCAUCCUUGAAGCCGAUAUUUGAUGCUAUCCCCAAGCUCGUAGACGUCAUCGUCGAUGCAGGAAGACAAGGCCGGAAGGAUUACGUUGAAAAACGUGGCGAAGAAGAUGCUCUUCCAUUGAUGUGGAUGUGGAUGGAGGAUCGUUAUGGUCUGGGACUUGUGCAUGGGAUGGCCGGUAUUCUCGCGGUUCUGCUUGCUUGUAAGCCAUCGGAGCUCAACGACGGUGCUCUGCGCAAUUACUUUCCCUGGAUAGCAGGCACCAUCUCAGGCAUAUGCAAGAUAUGCAUUGCCAGCGACGGCCAUCUUCCCACGUCCAUUCCUCGGUCCCAUUCAUCAUCCAGACGGGCUUCUGAACUGGUUCAGAUCUGCCAUGGCAGCCCUGGUGUUCUCCUGCUCAUGGCCUGUGCAAGGAGGAACGUAGUUCUGAUGUCCAAUUUCUGGGAACCCACCUGGGAUGAAGCCAUCCGUCAGGCAAGCGAGAGGGUCUGGGAAGAAGGUCUACUUCAGAAGGGUGGCGGGCUUUGUCACGGUAUAGCAGGCAAUGCCUGGCCGUGGUUGAUGCUGCAUGACAGCUUCGAGUACGACAUCGGCAUGAUUCAAACUGCGAAGCGCAAUUACAUCGAGCGAGUCCAGGCUACCGACAGCAAAUGCACCGAAAAUGGACUCACGGGCGAUUACUUCCUAUCUCGAGUGCUUGCGUUCCUACUUCAUGCUCGGGACACUCGUCCUUAUAAUAUGUCUGCCGAUGCUUACCGCAUGCCUGAUCAUCCAUUUUCCUUGACGGAAGGGUUGGCAGGCACUGUUUGUGCGUGGGCUGAGGCGUGCGUCACAAUCCAAGCGAGACUGCGGAAGAUGCAGCUCGAUGAGAAGGGACCAAUUUCGGGAGAUGCUCUCCAGAAUGACCCUGUCUUUCGAGAGCUGGAGAAUCGCCAAUUAGGAUUUCCUACUAUUGCCCACUAUAAACCAAACGGUUUACCCUGA